ACCUCGAUAACUGAUCACAACUUUUGUUCAAAUUUUCAACAUAUGUGGAUCCCACACUGCACCACAACCUGUGUCCAACGUUCAAAAAGCUAUUCCCCCAUGCUAGAGUAAUUUACGGCCAUUUCUAUUCUACACACCUUUUCAGCAUAUCCCAAAGUUACUCACAUUUUUACCUUCCUGAUCCAAGCCAUAUUUUGUGAAUCAUGCAUCUUCCACCACCACUCACCAUCUUCAAAUUAGCUACUACACUAACACUCCUUCUAACACUACAACCCAUUCCCAUUCACACACUCCCACUUUGCAAAACCUCAUGUGGCACCAUUCCCAUUAACUACCCAUUUGCCUUAGAAGAUGGCUGUGGAGCACCACAGUUCAGAAACAUGUUCAACUGCACUUUCAAUGAGUUAUUUUUUCAAACACCUUCUGGUCCUUACAAAGUUCAAUCCAUUGACUACAACAAAAAAACCAUGGUACUCUAUGACCCAUCAAUGUCAACAUGCUCAAUUCUUCAACCACAUCAUGAAUUCAUCAUGACAGAUAUUCAAUCUGCUAUUAUCCCUCCAUCACAGGACACAGUUUUUGUUCUGUUAAAUUGUUCUAUAGAUUCACCUGUUCUUAAUCAUUACAAGUAUCUUUGUUUCAACUUUGAAGGACAUACUUGUGAUGAACUUUAUGGUGGUUGUAAUGCUUUUAGAGUGUUUCAUUUGAUGACAAAUAGUUCUCCACCUUGUUGUUUUACAAAUUAUAAUACUAUGAAGUUUAUGAGUAUGAAUAUUUUGGAUUGUACACAUUAUACUAGUGUGUUUAAUAGUGAUAAAUUGAAGGGUGUUGGUCCUUUGGAUUGGGUUUAUGGGAUUAAACUUUCUUUUAGUGUGCCUGAUAUUGGAUGUGAAAGUUGUAAACAAUCUGGUGGGACUUGUGGGUUUGAUACUGAUACUGAAGGUCUUCUUUGUCUUUGCUCAGGUUUCAACAAUUCAACAAGGGAAUGUGGUGCUGCUGGAUUUGAAGGCAUGAUAUCAGAAGGGUUGAACAAUGCUCCUUGGACAAGGCACCUACUUGUUUUGCUUCUUGUAGUUUCCCUUCACACUGUGAUGUGGCUACUAUGAGUUUAGUUGUGUUCCGCUCCUUUUAUUGGUGGCUAGAGAGCUUGUGUACUUGUGUGUUUUGUGAUGAUAUUUGCUUCUUUGAGAAUUAGGACUCAAAACUACCACUCUAGUGGUGUAAAGUAGCUAAUUUUUCAAAACAUAAAAGGCACAUCUUUCUGAUUUUACUUGUUCACAAUGAGCAUGACAAAUGGACAAAUGUAGUACCUUUCUUAUCGCUUCAACUGUUACAUCUUAGCUUAGCAUAACAUGGAAAUAUGGAAUGAUGACCAUUAUUAUGUUGAUAUAUUGUCUAAUUAUUAAGUUACAGUCUUAAUUGGUAUAAUUAGUAGAUUGCAUUUUGGUUGAUGUUUAUGCUUCCUUUUAUCUUCUUGAUUGUGUUUGGUUUGUUUUGUAAGUUUUUGAAUUCAUUUGAUUAUUUCAUAUUUAUUUAUCAACUUUAAAUGAC